AUGAGCGCGCUUCAAGAGCACCUAGCCGAGUUCAUGUCGCAACCGUACGCGUUACCCACGGCGGCCAUGGCGCUCUUCCUCCUGGAACUCGUUAUCACGCUCGUCGCGCCCAACUUCGGGCGGCUGUUCCUGCCGAGAUACGGCAGACGUCACAGGGCGAUGGGCGCGGUGUACAUCGCGGUUCUCAUCGUGGGAUUGACGGACAUCGCGGCGCGCGUGUCGUCGGGUUCCGACGACGGGGAACGCGCCGGGAGCGGGGCCGGGGGCGCGUGGUUCCACGCGCUGGGGUUCCCCAUGAACCGGCCCGGACGCGUCGCCUUCGACGUUCUGCUCGGCGUCGCGGGCACGACGCUGACCCUCACCGCCGCCUACGACUUCAAGCACGCCCACGAGGAGGACAGGGUGCGGAACAAGGCGAGCGGGCCGCUCGACCCCGACCAGACGGUCACCUUUGAGGAGAUGCUGGAGCACUCGUUCUACCAGGCGCUCAACCUCUGCCAGGUCGCGUUUCUGCACCUCGUCGCGCGCGUCGACGAACGCGACCGCGCGCUGGGCCGGCGGCACAUGAGCCUCGGGAGCCUGGCGCCGAGACUGACGCUGCUAUCGGCGGUGACCGUUCCGUGGGUGUUCCGCGGCGCGUUUCCCACGAACCGCUUCUCGGACAAUUACGACGCGAAGAAGGGCCGAGACCCUUGGGGCGUCACCUCCGUGCUGUACAGGAUGAAGAAGUACCAGUACGUCUUCUACAAGCACUUCAUGCUGCACGGGUUGAACGUCGGCGUGGCCAUCGACGGCUUCGACGGCCUUCGAAAACCUCGCACUGGGGGUACCCCCAUCGGACGUAUUAGCCUCGUGAACGCGACGCCCUUUCGGCUGUACUGGCUCGGUUUGAACGCCGCGUACGUUAUGGAGUUUUUCCUGCAGACGCUGGUCAAGCGAAAUUACAUCACGCAAGGUCGGAUGCUGCGAAUGAAUCAGUUCCUCAUGCUCGUGUCCACCACUGCCGCGCUGGCGGUGCUGCGCCACUGCUCCGUGCCCGGGUCCAUCGUCAGCCUCAUCGUUAACUUUACCCGGUUGAGCGGCGAGUGCGGGGGCGUGGCGCUCGCGGCGGCGGCGGCGGUCGCGUGGAGGAUGGCGCCGGGGUCGCCGGAGUACGGGUACGGCGGGUUCGGUGCGGGGUACGACGCGGUGGAGGAUGGGCACGCGUUGGUGUGGUGCCUGGCGUUGGCGGCGGUCGCGCUGACGCCGCUGGAGCGUCGGGCGAGGACGUAUAUUUCGCGAAGGUUUGGCGCGCGACGAGCACACCCCGCCAAGGCCAAGGUUGCGUAG